CCCUUAUGCUGUGUUUUUCUUAGUUUUUUACUCGCGAAACAUGGAAAAAAAUACUUUAAGUAGGAUGAAAUCUUUUCUUUGAGAGUCUUAAGCCACUCUGACGUUUACAAAACAUUGUCAACACCGUUUUCUGGCCCCAAAACUGCCUCCCAUUUUCCUCUUUCUACUCAACGCUCCUCUUAAAAAAUUUUUAACGUUUCUCUUUUUUUCCUCUUUUUUCCAAAAGGAUCAUUACGAAGCCAGAUUACAGCUUUCUUUGGGAUAUUCCAUUCCAUACAAUGCAUUUAUCUGAAAUCGAAUAUACUUGCUGAAUAUCAGAAGCGCAAGGAACUUCAGUUUUCUUGUGCUCAUACAAAACUUCAACAAUUUUUGUCUGAGAGCACGUCGGAAAAGAACAGACCCUCAUCUUUUAUUGUUAUUUUAUUUUUCAUUAUCUAGUAAAUUCCCUGGAUACUGAAUCUAUGUAUUAUUAUUUUAUGCAACUAGAAGCUACUAAAAUCUACUCAAUCAACGUACGAAUUUUUGAGUGUGAUAUGUAUGUAUGGUGUUCAGCAGCAAUAUUCGAAAGAAGAUAUCUCCAAAAGUUUGAAUAGAUGCACUUUUUAUUUAAAGCUUUUAUGUACAUGGUAGCGAAACACCGCAAAAGUUUCCAUACCAAUGUAACUUAUUUUCGGAGCAAGGAAUGUUCAAAAUCGAAACAAAGACUUUUUGUAGUAGAUGGUGGGCUACCUAUUUCUGAUAUUUGUUACAGGUGUCAUAUGAUAUCUUUUAUCAAAUCAUACAGUUGUUGUAUGACUUUCCAUGUAACACAACUGUCCAUUUCUAAACACAAGUCUCAGAGGAUAUUUGCUAUAACUUGUUCAAUAAAUAAGGUAUAAGCUGACAGACUCAUUCUUUCUCCUCUUUUUCUAGAAUUUUUUUAGCAAAAAUACCCGAAUUCACGCAAUUUUUAGAUCGGAAAGUAGUUUCAGAUAUAUUUUUUUAUCAGUCCCGUCAUAUGAAACAAAAUUCAAUCACUCGUGAUUACAGGAAACAUUAGAUGAAAUCGAUAGUACAGCAUAUGAAGAAAGAUAAACACCGUGAAAAAAUCAGAGAGUUGAAAGAAAAUAUCACAUUCGUUUCUCCAACAUCUUUGUCUCAUAUAGUCACAACUUUAUCACGAAGCUGAAUAGUCAAACAAAAAACAGAAAUUCUCUCAAGAACAAUCAAAAAAAUAAAUAAGAAGAAUGUUCAGUAAAGAGAAUUUGAUUUUAGAUUAGUUUGACAGUUAGCGAUACUAUUUGAACAGUUAGAUAUGUUUCUGUGUUAAACUAGAAUAACUCCUUUUUGUUGUGUUUUUCUUAAUUUUUUACUUGUGAAACACGGAAAAAAUACUUUAAGUAGGAUGAAAUCUUUUCUUUCAGAGCCUUAAGCCACUUUAACGUGUACACAAUAGUGUCAGUACCAGUUUUUGGCCAAAAAAUGCCUCCUCUUUUUUUCUGAAAGGAACGUUACGAAGCCAGUCUACUAUAAGUAGCAUCCCGCCUCGGCUACUUGUGUUCCGCGUUUCGUCUCUUUUGGGCAUUCCUAGAUCUCGUUAAAGAUGCUGCAACGAAUGGUUUUACAACGUUUAAGAACAUUCAACAGAAGUUUCAUAACUUUAAUUCUAAUGAACGAGGUUAUUUUAUAAUUUUUGUGUUAAAUUGUUUUUUUUCUCUGUCAUUUAGGAUUUAGAUGCUGGUUAUGUCGAUAUAUUUAAUGAUGAUCACACUGACUUUGAUUUAGAUGAAACACUAGAAAAACGUUGUGGAAAAAAGAUAAACGUUAAUCAUUUAUUAAAUUUUCAUUUUUUUGAAAAACAACGAUCAAUGUCGUCGUAUGGAAGACGAGCUUAUGGCAAUGGAAAAUAUUUUCAAACAAAACAUUUUUCAAAAGAACAGUUUUUACAAGCAAAUUGUCAAUUUGUAGUUAAAGUCGAUGGAGAUUAUAGUUUGCAUUUUGCUGAUCCCGACUUGCCCAUUGAUUGGACUAAAGUUGAGCAAGUUCGAUUAUGUUCAAAUGAACAGUUAAAGUGUCCAAUAUGUUUGUGCCAACCCGUGGCUGGUAAAAUUACUCGUUGUGGACAUGUCUAUUGUUGGCCGUGUGUAUUUCAUUACUUGGCAUUAAGUGAUAAACAAUGGAGAAAAUGUCCAAUCUGUUAUGAACCAAUCUAUAAACAAGAUUUGAAAAGUGUCCGCGGACUGAUAGGCCGUGUAUUUAAGAAUGGUGAUCUAAUAACAUUUCGUUUAAUGCAUCGUGAACGUGGUUCAUCACUAUUCUAUCCAAAACAUAUUGAACCAUCGAUUACAGAACCUCAGGUUAAACGUUUACUCGUCUCAAAUAAUUAUACAAUUAGUUAUAAUCAUUCGAAUCUAUUAUUGGCUGAUGAUGAAACGAUUUUAAUGGAAAUAAUUGAAAAAGAAAAAUACGAACUAUUGAAACAAUUACAAGACGAAGGAGACCAACCAGAAACGAUUUUUAUUAAACAAGCAUUAGAAGAAGUUGAAGAACGAGAAAAGAUUAUUCGUGAAAGAUUGAAUACAACACUACCAAAACACGACCAACAACUACAGCAGAAAUCGUCUGAUGAAACAACUAAUCAGGAGUUAUCUACUAAACAUAAACUUAGCUCAACACAAGAUAAUAAAACAGUGAACAUAAAGCCGUCAGUAGUUUAUGAAAAUGCAUUUGAUAAUGUUGUUUUGCCUUUAAACGAAGAAGAUGUUAAUGAAGAAACGUUGUUAGAUAAUUUAUCAAACGAGGAGGAUUCGUCAAACAGUAGAAAAAUUAGUGAAUGUUCAAUCGAAAAAGACAAUCAAUAUCAUAUGGAUCAGGGGUCUGAACCAUCGGCAAUACACGUGCAACACAAUAAACAUUAUUUCUAUCAAGCUGAUAACGUUCCACAUGCCUACCUGAAUAGUAUAAAUGCUCGAAUUUUACUUAAUGAUUAUGGUUCGUAUUUGAACUGUCCAGAGGUUAUCCAUGCAAGGGUUGAACAUAUAGAAAGUUUUUUUAUGACCGAGGAAUUGCGUUCUCAUUUUCGAUUUUUGGGACAUUUACCAUUAACAUGUGAAUUUCAAGUGAUCGAAAUACGAUUAAGACCGCCAGUUAUAUCCGUACAAACAAUGAACAUGUUUGCAGAUGAAUUAUAUCGGCGUCGUCAAUUUCGUUAUCGUAAAGAACGUACAGAAAAACGUCGUAAACAGCAAGCUGAAAUAGCUGAAACAAGAAAAUUAACACAAUAUCCAAAAGAAUUAAUGUAUCUCCCAAGUGAACAUUUUCCUGUUAAUGGAACACAAUCAAUGGAAGAGUUUCCAGCUAUGAUUCCAACAGGAAGUAGUUCUUCCCCCCCUUCAGCUUCAGCAAUUAUGCCAAACGAAGAAAAUGGUCCAUCGUUUGCUCAGAUGUUGAAACAACAAGCGCCACCUGCACUGUUACAAAUGUCAAUCAAAAAAGUAGUGGGUGCAGCACCCCAAUCUACAUCCACAAUGCCAAAAGAAGAUCUUAGAAAAAAGAAAAAUAUUAAAUGUAAAAACAAUAGUGAUGACGAUUAUAACGAUGGAGAAGAUGAUGAGCAUUUUCAAGUGCCAAAUUUUCAUACAAGUUUUAGUCAAGAUUUAGAAACGGUUUUUAAUAAGCUAAAUGUUAAUAACGCAACAAACGGUGACAAUGACACAGAAGACCAACAGUCGAAUUUGACUGUGCAAACUGUUGGUGUUGGAAAAAAGAAGAAGAAGACCAAACAACUGUUAUUUGCCACAGGAAUGGGGCAAAAAGCAAAAUGA